AUGGCUGCACCUUCAGAAACGAAGGAGUUGUAUGGAAUCAAACAAAAUGGAGAGAUGUGCUUUUCUGCAAAAGAAUUAGAAUUCCUUGCCGAAGAUGAAAUGAUAGAAAUUAUUCCACGUUUUUCGUUUCAAGAAAUAGGACUCUUGUCUGGAAGCAUUGGACCUUUUCAGCCGAUGGUUCCUGUCCAAGUACCCUUGUGGCUGGCAUUGAAGUUGCAUGAAAGACAGAUGUGCAAAGUACAGCUGCCGGCUUGGCUUCAUCAUGAUGAAUUAGUAGAGAGGAAACGGGAAGAAGAAGCCGAGAAAGAGAACAAGUACCUUACGCCCAUUGAGUUCCACUAUCAGGAGAUUGCGACAAUUUUGUUUCGUAGAGCUCCCGAUAGCUUCGCGGGACAGGAAGGAAAUUCCCGCAUUCAAGUGAAAGACAUCGAAGAGCUCAGAGACUCAAAGAUUCACACAUCUUUGCGGGAUCUUGAACAAUAUACCCCUGCGGUAAAGAUUGCCAACGUCAGCGCCAUGGAAAUCAAUAAGAUCAGACCUUUCCUCGUGCAAGCUUUGAACAGGUUUCGAACUCUCAAAGAAGCUGAAGACCAAUUUGGAGAAAGCUCUCAAACGGUUAUCGAUUCACAGGACGGAGGCUUGUAAGUCAAGUGGCUACUCUGCAUUUCAGGACGAUUUUCGAUGCUUCGGUCUUGUGUAUCAUGUUUUAUUUAAUUUGAAGAUU